ACAUAGACUACAUUUGAUCGUAUUCCCUUAGAUAUGCAUAAAUACAGUAUAUUAAAAUAAAUAUCAUGACUGCUUGCGAUUAAACACAAGUGUAAAAAUGGCUGGAAUGAAUGUUAAGGAAAAAGAGAUACUAAAUCGAACCAGACUUGAUAUAAUCGACAGCCUCGAUGUUAAGGAUAUCAUUGACCAUCUUCAGGCUGAUGGUGUCAUUAGUGUCGACAAGAAGGACGAAAUAUUUGCCCGUGAAACACGAAAACAUCAAUGUGGAUUAUUCCUUGAUAUACUAAUUCGCUCUGGCCCAGUGGCCUACUCUUCAUUUAAAAAAGCACUUGGAAGCCAAUAUGAUUUCCUGCAAGAUGCAAUACAUAAGGUUGAGGAAGAAGUGAAGUUUUCGGACAUCUGUGAUAAUGAUGAUUAUAACUAUAUAUUAGCAGGUGAAACGUGUAAAAGAGCUGUCAGAGCUAGUAUUUCUCUUCAAGCGUUUGACUAUGAAGAAGAAGUUGGAUAUGUGAGUAUUGAUGCUAUGGGCAAACGUGCCGAUUCAUACAGGUAUACAGAAGAAACAACCAAGUGUGACGACAACGACAUCUAUAUUGUUACACAAGAUACAGAAGGAAAAGAGUUUGAUCCGUAUGUUAAUGAAAAUCUCAUAUACCUUAGUCCUUCAAAAGUAAAGAAGCCAGAAAAUUGCUUAGAUGAGGAGACAAACGAAUCCCAAGAGACGAAAGACGAACUACAAGUUCAAACGAUUGCCUUUAAUAAGAAUGAAUAUGUUGUUGUGCGUAAAUCAGAAAACCCCUGUAUUACUGAGGCAUAUACGGCUGCUCGAGACAAGAAUGUGUUUGUAUAUAACAAAUAUGGUCGCAAAGCUCGAUUGCCAUUAAAUGUGUUGAAGAAAUAUGGUGACCCUAGAGGCGAGCCCUGGUUUUAUCCUAUUCCGAUAUCAUCACUACAAGCUGCGCUCUUUCUAUCUUCAACGAAACAGAAAGGCUGUUUCUUGGUGUAUGAGUCCUUCAAAGCUUCUGAUCAACUACCGUACAAUCUAUCGGUGUGUCAGAGUAAUGAAGAAGAAAGUGUGAAACACUAUCGGAUAAAACGAAACAAUUUUAGCAAACUAUUAAGUAUUGAAACUGCCCACAACUCAUUACAAAUGUUCCAGACCAUUCACGAUCUGAUAGAGUUCCACAAGAAGAACAAAAGCGCGUUGGUUACUCGUUUGAGAAGACCGCUAAAAUACGCAAAUACGUCACUGGCGAAUUGGUUAAAUGUUCAUGAAAGUCAGUGGGAGGUCGACGAAUCAUUGCUAGAGUUGCACGAUGUUUGUAUAGGAAAGGGUUAUUUUGGUGUUGUGAAAUCGGGAAGCUUUGACGGACGUCCCGUUGCUGUGAAAUCUUUACUUGCUGAACCAAGCUCAGUGUCUUGGCAGGACGAUUUUUUCGACGAAGCUGAAUUGUUGGGGCAGUUAUGUUCCCAUGAAAAUAUUCUUAAACUUAUUGGCACUCGGUUUACGCAGAAACCAUUCUACAUCAUCACUGAACUAAUUGGAAAGGGAAACUUGAAAACCUGUUUGCGACAAAAGCUAAUAAAUGUGGAAGAUGUCGACCUACUUUACGGGGUUUGUUUACAAUUGGUGUCUGCAAUGGCGUAUUUAGAAUCGCGACGUUUUAUUCUACAUCGGGACGUAGCUGCAAGGAAUUGUCUCCUUACAGAUGACAAUACCGUUAAGUUAAGCGACUUCGGUAUGGCCCGCCAUGUUUUAACAGAUAGUUAUGAGGCUCCUAGUGACGAGAAGGUAGCAAUUCAAUGGGCGUCACCAGAAGUGCUUAGCAAUCAGGUUUACUCUACAAAGUCUGACGUUUGGGCAACUGCCGUUGUGUUUUGGGAGAUAUACAGUGGCGGAAAGAAACCGUACGGUGAUGCAAAUCGACAGGAAACUGCCAAGAAUGUGACGAGUGGUGAAACCUUGCCCAAACCAUCUGACUCAUGCCCUGAUAUGAUAUUUGAAAUAAUGAAGGAGUGUUGGCAAACCGAUCGUGAAAAACGGCCAUCUUUCGCGAUUAUUCACGAGCAAUUCGUUGCGAAAAAACUGUUAUAUUACGAACCAGUUUCACUUCAAGAACAGUUGAAACAGAAAGCAGCACCUCGCCGUCGACCACGGCAUCCAUCGCCUCCGCCAAGACCUGAGCGUAAUUCAGGGGACCGACAGACAACUUCUCCAACAAAUCACAAUGAACCACAAACAGAACCAAAUGAAUCCAAGAGUAUACUCAAGAGUGGAGAAGGAAACCUUCCUCCGCCUCAACCAUCCCAACCUACGCGGCAUUUACUGUAUCAACCGCCAACUCCUUCAACAGGCCACCAAGAACCACAAAAAGACUCUAAGACAAUCGAGAGAGAGCAAGAAUCACCUCCAAACUAUAAGCCCGAGAACAUAGUGAAAAAACAAACAUCAUCUACCGCAACAAAAAAGAAAACUAAGUACAAUACCUGUAUAUCGAUACCAUUCGGUAAAAAGCGCAGUUCAUCGGACACAAAUCUAAAUGCCACUGACAAAGCAAAUAUAAGUGAAAAAGAUCACAAGAGUAAGUUUUAUACUAUAGAAGGCUAAGGUAGU